ACUCCGGCACCCGGCAACGAAAAAGGCGCCCCCGGGACUUCUGCAGCACUACUGCGCACGUGCACGGUCAAUACGUAACGCCAACGAGGAAUCUGCCAUGCGACUGUUUGCCGAGAAUAGGGGGCUGGCUGAAAAGCUGGCACGCAGCUUCACAUCGAGGCCUUCCAGCUGUCAAGCUGAAACUAUGAAAAGUGACAAGUCAGAUCAAGGACGCCGCCACCGCUGUAACUUUUGUGACUAUAAGACUGAUAGUAUGUCUCAUCUGAAAGCACACACCAUCGUCCAUACAGGGGAGCGGCCGUUUGAAUGCCAUUUGUGCCCUCAGAGCUUCGGACUAAAGUGCAACCUCAAGGUACACCUGCGCACUCACACAGGCGACAAACCAUUUCAGUGCCCUUCAUGCCCUCGGAGCUUCUCGCUUAAGUGCACUCUGAAUAAACACGUGCGCACUCACACAGGCGAGAGACCAUUUCAGUGCCACUUAUGCCUUAAGACGUUUACAGCGAGAAGCGGCCGUAAUAAGCACCUGCGCCAUCACAAGGGCAACUGUGUUCCACUGGUGGACGAAUGCCCUUCAUGCACUCGGAGCUUCUCACGCAAGAGUAAUCUCAAGGCACACCUGCGCACUCAUUCAGGCGAGAGGCCAUUUCAGUGCCCUUCAUGCUCUCAGAGCUUCUCACAAAAGAAAACACUCAAGGCACACCUGCGGACUCACACAGGCGGGAUGCCAUUUCAGUGACACUUCUGCCCUAAGACCUUUAC